AGUAAACAGCCAAUCACAGCAGCCUUUUACCACGUGAUCAGCUGUGUCCAAUGACACAGCAAAUCACCAGGAGAGAAAUGCUGAUAAUCGGUAUUUCCCUGUUUACAUGUGAUCAGCUGUGAUUGGACACAGCUGAUCACAUGACCGAGCCGACUUUCCGUCAUCCGAGGGACACAGCGCACUGCCGAUCACCGCGCAGUAAGAAUGAACCACCUUGCGCCCGUCAUAUUACUAUAUGGCGGGCGGGAGGUGGUUAAAG